AUGGCCGACUUCGCCGAUCUAAAAAAGGCGACCGACAUCAACCCCAAUGUCUGGUACCAUUUGACCGAAGAAAACGUUGACGACUACGAUGGAGACUUUAAGAGCAUGCUACAAACAUUCAAGGAGGAUAGCGGGGAUGAUGGGUUUCGCGUCUUUGGCGUUGGUAACAGGAAAACAUACUGGCAGUUCCAACCCAUAGGCAAGACACCAGGCCGAUACUCGCUUCGCUGCUCCGAAACGACAACACGAAAGCAGUUCGCCGUAUGUUAUCGAGAUUUCGAAUCGGUCGAGAAUCGACGCACACGCGCCUGUCUGUCCGACAGUGAUGGCACCGAGUCGCAACAAUGGGAUGUGUCUCUGUGGGGAACGAACAAGACAGAAACGUAUUUAUUCACAAACGUCGCGAAUGGCACAAAGUAUCACCUCGAUGUAAUUCCUGGUGCCGCCGUUUUCAUGAGCCCGAAUCUGGAAGGAUACCAAAAACGGCAGCGUUGGCUGAUGACCAGUGUCAGCAACGUUGACGACGACGCCUACAGUACUGUUUUUACAAACCCUCCUCCCGAGUCAACACGUGAUUCAGGGACGACAACAGAUUCAACUGGCGAAGCAGCCACAGGCUCCGCCUCAUCUUCGUCCUCCGAUUCAAGUUCCAGCAGCCUCUCAGGCGGAGCGAUCGCAGGAAUCGUAAUCGGAGCCAUACUCGGCGUUCUUGCGAUGGCGCUCCUGGGAUUCUUUCUCUGGAGACGCAAGAAACGUAACAGUGGCCUUCAUGCUAAGCCUGACGAGGCGAUGGGUAGCCACAGCGCACCUAUGGAAGAUCAUAGUCAAUUCGCUGGUUACAAGCCACCAAAUUCCACAUCACCGGCACCACCACUUUACGAAUUGCCGAGUACUCAAAACCCUGUUGAACUCCAAGCAGCUGAGCAGAGGCACGAGCUGAGAUAG